AAGAUGGACACUGCUCAGGAGCGCAAGCCAAAAAGGCCCCACUACAUUCCCCGACCGCCUGGCAAGCCCUUCAACUACCAUUGUUUCCAGUGUCCUUUCACCUGCAACGAAAAGUCACAUCUCUUCAACCAUAUGAAAUACAACUUGUGUAAGAACUCCAUCUCUCUGAUGUCGCAGAAAAACGGGCAAACAGCCAGACAGGUCAAGGCUGCAGCAAAGGGAAGCCCUGUAAAAUCUAAGGAUUGUCCCAGCACUCUACCAGCAGUCCAUACCAACAGUCCGGAGAAAGACAGCGCUGAGGAGAACAAAGUCGAAAGCAGGGAUGACUUGGAAGAAGUAGACGUAGGGUGUGACAGCCCAGUUAAUAAUGACAGCAAGAGUAUGACAAAACCAAAUACAGUUGCAGAGAGAGAGAACAGCGAGGGCAACAAAGCCAAGUCUCUGCCGCGCCCAUCUGCCUUCUCCCCUGUCACACCCAACCGUGAUGGAACAGAAACCUUAAAGUCAUCUGUGCAGCAGUCAGAGGAUUCGCAAGCUCCUGUUCCUACUUUCAACCACCCAAGCUUCCCAUGGGGGAUUUCAUCAUCCAUUCCUUUGAAACCAUUCCCCCCUCCCAUAGUUCCUGAUUACUCUCCUUAUCUCCUGCCUGAAAGGCCCCUGUAUCCUACAUACUACCUCCCAGGAAACCACCAUGCUAAUGAGCCUAACGCUCCUUCUCUCCGGCCAGAGUUUGUGGAUCCCCAGAGGCCGGUGGUGCCGCAACCCAUUGCCCCACCUCACACCUCUCUAUUUCCCCCAUACCCAUACAGAUACUGCCACCCUCUUCACCCAGCACACCAUUUGCAUUAUAGCCUGUACAGGCCCCAUGAACUCUCCAUGCCGAUUUCAGGACCGAGGUAUCUUCCUUUAGAUUUGUACGGUCCAACCUUUGGGCCUAAGGAAUAUGACUUGUACAUGAAUUCCCGUCCCAGUAACAGCAGCAUCAACACAACUGCACAAGAGGAGAGCAACAUUAGGCAGAGUGGAGACAAGACAACCAGGUUGAGCCCUAAAGAGGGCUGUUCAGCCUUGGGGUCCCCUGACAGACCAAGUCAUGCACACAUCAUCCAGAGAGACGAAGAGAACCCACACCACAACAACCUGGGUGAGCCUGAGCCCAACCCAGAAGUAGGACACACACCUACAGAUGUUCAACCCACCAAAACUGACUCAAGCUUGCAGCAGUCAAGAACUCCACAUGAGGAUGGAGGAUCAGCUGAGAGCAGCCGAUAUUCCUCUGAGCCAUGUCCUGAAGCUCCAUCAGAACAAGAUGAUGAGGACAACAGGGAAGAUCUGGCUCCACUCAACCUCUCCACAAGAAACCAAGACAAAGAAAAAAGUCCAUCUGACCACAGACUGAGGUGCUCAGACACAGAGGACUUAAAGGAGGAAGAGUUGCCUCUGAACCUCAGUCUCCGCUCUUCUCAUGUUGAGUGUGACCUGAGCACUUCGGAGAAUCUUCAGCAGAGACCAGGCACAGAACUGGACGAAGAACCGUGUGACCAGAGGCAAACUGCGGCACUGGCACUCUGUCAGCUAGCCAUAGCAAGCUCUGCUCUCUCUCCAUGUCAAUUCAGCACAGCAGACGGGCUCUCUGUGAUCUCAGAUUCCAUAAAUGCUGUAAGUACUGGUUCUCCAGAGAAGACCAAAAACACAACCAAGGCUAAAGCAAAGGGCAUAAAAAGAACAAACAGUGGCCGGGCUGAAACCAACUGCCAUAAACCAAACAAGAGAGCAAAGAUACCAGGACGAGCUGCGAGGAGGAGGCCUCGCUGCUGCUAA